UCCGCCCUGCUCAUUCGUCUCUUCCGGAUAAGGCCGUACCAACGCGUUUUAUUUACUGCGGUGUAUAUAUUUUUAUCUCGUGUCAUGAUGUGCCAUAUUUUAUAACUGGGACAUUAUAACACGCUGUUCAUCUAACGGUUGACAAUUUAAUGUAAUUCGCAAAGACUCUUAUUGAACAAAGCGAGCAGCAGUAGCAUCCAGUCAUGGAGGAGACGAUAGUGGAAACACCAGAGGAGCGGAUGGCAAAGCAGCAUCGCAAGGAAAAGAAAGAUUUGCAAGCUAAAAUCCAGAGCAUGAAAAAUGCUGUCCCAAAAAAUGACAAGAAAAGGAGGAAACAGUUGACAGAGGAGAUUGCCAAGCUGGAGGCUGACCUCAGUCAAAAACAUGAGGCGGAACUCAGGCAACUUAAAUCUACAAAUGACACGAAGGCAGAGGAGGUGAUAAAUGGAGUCGAAACCAUGAAGAUGGAGGGUGGUGAACAAGACGAGGUCAAACAGCCACGAGUAACCAAAGCCCAGAAGAGAAGGGACAAGAAGGCUGCCCAGGAGAAGGAGAGGGAGAGCAGGAUAGCAGAGGCUGAGGUACAGAACCUGCAGGGUGUGAGGCACCAGGAGGGUUUGAAGCUGGCUCAGAAACUCGCCCAGCAACAGCUUCAGAUCAAAGAAAUUUCAUCUGACGGCCACUGCAUGUACCGUGCCAUUGAAGACCAGCUGUCACAACGAUCAAAGCCUGGGUUAACCAUGAGUGUAAAAGAACUGCGGUCCCAUACUGCUGAGCACAUGAGAAGCCAUGCUGAUGACUUCCUGCCUUUCCUCACCAACCCCAACACUGGUGACAUGUACUCAACAGAUGAGUUUGAGAAAUACUGCAAUGAAGUAGAGCACACAGCAGCAUGGGGUGGACAACUUGAGCUGCAAGCUUUGACCCAAGUUCUCCACUUGCCAAUACAAGUGAUCCAGGCUGACUCCCCAGCUAUAAAAAUUGGGGAGGAAUACAACAGUGAACCUAUCACCCUUGUCUACAUGCGUCAUGCCUAUGGACUAGGAGAGCACUACAAUUCUGUGGAGCAGCUAAAGGACCCAGUCAAUACGGAAGCCAGCUGAGAGACAGUUUAGUCUUGGAGUGACAUAAAUCAUUCAUGUGUAAUGCAGAGAGUGCUCAAACCACUCACACCAAGGAUCCCUAAAUACAAAUGUAUUUGAAAGAGUGGAUUGCACUAAUGAACAAUAACAUAGACAGAAAAUUAACGUGUUAAUGAUUUUACAUUGGACACCCUUGGUCGAUCCAAAUGACCCCAUGGGUGCCCCUGCAGCUAGUUUUGGGACACAGUGGUGUUACACGUAAGCAAAUCCACUUGGGCAGGACAGGAUGGGAGUAGAUGAUGUUGGUCAUGCAUGUCACUCAACCAAAGGAGUCCUGAGUGGUUGUUGAACUUUUGCUGUGUUCUUGGAAGGAACUGAGUUGUUGAAUCUGUAAAUCAUAUCAAUGUUACAUAAACAAAUGCAAUACUAA